UUUGUGUGCACAACUACCAUUGCUUUUCACCUUUAUUCACUUAAAGGGUUUGAAGCUGUCUGCAAAAGGAAAACCUACAGGGAGGUUGAAGGAAGGAGUAAUGGGCUAGAAGGCUAGAGGAGACUGUGAUGAAGUCAGCUGUGAUGAGAAAAUGAUGCUAGUAGUUGCACUUUAUUUUAAAGGAGUGUGGGAUUCUUGAUGACAACUGGGAAAUUCUGCUGUUCCAUCUGGGAACUGAAAGCUGGUACAGCCAGCAGCUCUUCAGGCCUCCUCAUGAAUUGGGAAACACUGGAGUGCAAUUUGGGAAUUUCCAAACUUGCCCUUGGUUAUUUCUGAGUGCUAUUCCAGACCAGCCUGCCUGUAGCCUGACAGCUGUGCUGUUGGAAAGAGGUUGUAAAGAGGACCUUCUAAGUCAGCCUGUGGCACUGUUUAGUGUCUUGGACGUGCAAACUCUCAAGAAAGUUCAGCUAGGUAAAGAAAAGUGAAAUGCUUGCUGUCCUGGCAUCACCUCUGUGUUUUGCUCUGAUUUCAUCUCCCUGUGGAAGGGAUCUUGCCUGUACAAGUAUGCAGUGCUUGCAUUCUUAGAUUUCAGACUUUAAUUGCUGACUUGAAAAACCUUUUUACUGCCUUGCAGCUCCCUAAUUGUUUGUUUACAUUGCAUACAUCUGCUAUUGUCCCAGUAGGUGCUUCCUGUAAACAGGAAGAGGGGAAUCGCUGCCACUGAGGGUUUUUGGUCCAGGGAAGAUUGUGCUUGAGAGUGAGCAUUUAUAAAAAAUUAUACAGGAGGACAGGAGGAUGGAGAAGGAUGUAAUUUCAUUUGCUUCUUACCAGAGUCUGACUUAAUUUUCAUUCUAAGACUUUGCUUGAAGUACAAUUAAGGCUAUGGACAACUCUAAGAGGACUUAGCACAUUUAAAUAAUAUAGUUGCUGAUUAAAGUAUUAAUACAGAAUGGCAUUGGGAGGGGAUUCAGCUUUAUGAGUCAGCCCUGAGGUUCUCCCCCUGCCUAUGGCUCCUUUGGUGGGAUGGAAUGGUGCUACAGCCCCUUCCUAUUAGCCUCGUGCGUUUGUCCAGGUGGCUGCCUCUUCCAUAAAAGAUGGGAUUGCUGGACCUGGCAUAUACUCAGGAAGUAGUGCAGCAAAGAAAAAUGGCACAAAGUGUUUAUUUGAUGAUUUUACUUUUGUGUCUCAGAUUAGUGUGUCCUCUUGCAACUGGAAUUUUUAUGGAGAAGCUUACCAGCCAGAAGCUGUGUACUGAUGAUGACUGUGUCUCUAAAGUAGAAGAGUAUUAUAAUGCUUCAGAUUCCAUAUUCAUUAAUAUUAAGAAGGGGCAGUUGAUUUAUGUUUACUCAAAACUAAUGAAUGAAAAAGAUGGAGAAUUCUGGGCUGCAAGUGUAAGAGUUGAUUCUUGUCUCAAAGCAGAUGAGGAUUGUUUUAUGGUGUCUAAUUAUACACCUUCUUGCUUGAAGGUUUAUAGAAAGCUGUAUGAAGACCAUAUGGGGACAGUUGAUUAUUUCCCUAGCAGUUUAUCGUCAGAACAACAUGUCUAUCAAGAAGCAAAUAAGACUCUUUCUACAAGGGUAAAGAAUUUACAAAAGCCCAGCUGGCUACAUAAUUAUACUUGACUAUGUAAUUCUAAUUUGCUGUAAAAUUAAAUCAUUAUUGUGGCAGUUGGUUGUAGCAUAUCACAAAUGCUUAGGAAUCCAAUCUUUGGGCCUUUAUACAGGCAAAUAACCUCAAUAAAAUCCCUAGCAUAACCUCUGAUACAGCAGACAUUGUAAAUGUUGCAAUAAAGGCUUGAU